AUGUCCUCCUUCAGUUCAGUCGUGCGCAAACCAGGCCAAAAGAUCACCCCCAAGACUGCUCCGCGCCGAAAUGUCCAGAGACAGAGUGCCAGGUACACUGCACCUCCAUCUUUGACACCAGAGAACUAUACUACGAGUCCUGGUCUUGAGCCUAUUAACGAUCGAGCUUCAAGUCAAGAGGAUGCCCCGCCCUCGACCAUCCUAGAGUCGACCGAAUUGCCAGCCGACCCAGAGACUGUUGAUGCCUCUCUCCCAGUGCUAUCCCCUGUUGAGGUGAUUUCAACACCCAUACCGGAUGUUCCAGCUACUUAUCGGACUUUGCCAUCUGUCGAUGUAUAUGCCCCAAUUAGGAAAAGCGAAGGAUCAACAGCUAUCAACCCUCCAACUGGAACGGCCGGCACACACAGGUCAGACUCCAUCCCCACAGUCGCAACCACUACUUCCACCAGACUACGGCGGAGGGAUACAAAUGAACCGACUCCUGCACCCUCGGAGGACUCGAAUCGAGAGCCCGGGGUCGAGCCGGAAGUGGCAGAGAGCAUUGCGUCCUCCAUGUCAAGAAAAAGACGAAAGAUAUCCCACACAGGUCAAAUCCAUCCAAUUGUACAACCCAGCCCAACUCCACCCUUAUCAGAAGGUGCCGCCAUAAUCUUAAGGAGAAAUUCAAGGAGCAGCCGAAGCGAAUCACGAACUUCAGAUGCGUUGUUGCAGGACGCUACAAGCCAGGCUGCUGCAGUCUCCGAGCUCGCAAACUCGAUUGAGAACCGGGUAAGAUCGCUCGAACAACCCUGCAUCGACGAAAGCCCAGGCCUAACCCAAAAACCCCGAAAGAAGAGAGGGGCUAGGACCAUAGAGGACGCGACUAGACAAGUCGUUGAGGAUGCUGCUCCAGGCGGCCGGCGUAAUUCUCGUUUGUCGACACCAGAGAAUGCAGAGGAGCUGCAAAUCGAUCCCGAAGAGGUGUCGAUGGCCGCUUUGACUCGCGACACAAAAAUGGGAAGGAAGUCCGAGACAGAAAAGAAAAUGCAGGAAAACUGGUCUGAAAUUCAGCAACGACGAAAAGAAGAAGUUGCGCGUCGAAGAGAGGCUGCUGGUCAGGGCCGCCAUGGGAGACAAGCAGCCGAUGUUUUAGGUCCUGUGGUCGAAGAGAUCCAUGCCCCUCAGCAAAUUAUCGUCAAUGGUCAAAUUGUUGUCGCAGCCGAGUCACGAGAAGUUGCCUUUGGCGCUGGGGUUGAGCAAGCUGUUAUCGAGGAUGCGGAUGUUGCACUCGAGGAUGACCGCAUCUACAAAUAUGUCAAUCAAGGGACAGUGGGAAAACAUGCAGGGCUCCGACGGGGCACUCGAUGGGACGACGAUAAGACGGGGCUCUUCUACAAAGGUCUCCGCUGGUUCGGGACAGAUUUCAGCAUGAUAGCCAAUCUAUUCCCACAUUUCGACCGUCGGCAGGUCAAGUUAAAAUUUACUAUUGAAAUGAGGGAGAACCCCCACAGGGUUCGCGAAUGUGUAGCAGCCAAAGAACCUGUCGAUAUAGGUGAAUACGCGAUGAUGACCGAGCAGGAAUUCAUUGACCCAGCAACACUGCAGGCGGAACUGGACGCCGAGGAAAAGCGGUUACGAGACGAAGAUGACCAGCGACGGGAACGUGAAGGUCACAUCAAGGACCCUGCUGAUGUCGCUAUACCAACGACGGAGCGGGACGACAGCGACGAAGAGGCCGCCGAACCGAUCGAGGAUGAAGGUGAUGUUCAACAGCCGCAGAAUGCCGCUGCGAGUUCCCGCAGAGACCGGAUUUCGGCGGUAGCGGAGCAGGUGGUCCAUACGGCUGUGGCACCUAAAAAGCGAACCACUCAGCAGCAACAGCGCAAGACCAGGGAGUCAGUCAGCGUUAGAGGGCGGCAACGGAAGAAGAGCAGAAUGCCCAUGGAAGGCGUGGAGGAGCGGAUCGGACCGAUUGAUGAAGUUGGUUGA